UCGUCUACGCUCUCGAGCCAACCUCGUCGUCCUCCAUCGCUCCCUCGAACGCGCACGAGAACCGCAGCACAGACAGCUCCUCUUUCACCAUGAUGCGCGGGAUUUCUUCGGGUGUAUCGGAGCAAGCGCGAGCCCUGUGGCGCGCGUGCCUAGCGUCCGCGCUCCGGACCGCGCUCGCCUGCGCCGUCGUGGCGUGCGCCACCCUGUACGGGCCGCCCCCGCUGCGGCGCGCCGCAUCACUCCCCGCCUUCUCCUACGUGACUGUCAUCCUGGUGGUGACCGACGCCUCCCUGGGGGACGCGCUGCGCGGGUGCUGGCUGGCGCUGUGCGCGACCGCCCAGAGCGUCGGGCCCGCGAUACUGAGCCUGCGGCUGAUAGGCCCCGCGAGGCUGUCGGGCGGGACGGCCGCGCUCGCGGUGGCCCUGGCGUCGUUCGUGGUGGCGCUGCCGGGGGCGGCCACGCACGGGACGGCGAAGCGGAUAGCGCUGGGGCAGAUAGUGCUGCUGUACGUGAUCGGGUACAUCGAGAAGGAGCGGAUCGAGGCGGUCACGCACCCCCUCCACGUGGCCGCUAGCACGGCGGUCGGGGCCCUCGCUUGCCCACUGGCCCUGUCGCUCCCCUUCCCUAGGACGGCCGGUCAUGAGAUAAAAGAGAACUGCCGGGCCUAUGUGGAGAAUGCCUCGAAGAGGUUGAAGCUCUUUGCCAGGGCGUUCCUCGCCGAGGACGACGCGUCCGCCCUCGCCUUCAUCUCUCGAGCCAAAUGCUUGUCUCAUGCUGGAAACAAACUUCUGCAGAAUAUCAAACGCUAUCAGGAAGGUGCGCUCUGGGAGAGAGUUCCGUUCACGUCCUUGAGAUCAUACCACACGAGUCCAGGAGAAAGGUUACAGGAGAGUUUAGAGACGCAAUUGCGUGGGAUGGAGACGGCAUUAACAAGCAUUACUUCGUUCCCAGUUACAUUGCCUGACGAUGACGGACCGCUCAAAAACUGCAAACUCGCUCUAGACGAACACAUUACUCUGAUUAUGAGGCAAUCUAAGGGCUGGCUUUUCCCUGGCGAUUCUACUUCAACCGUCCCCGAAUCCAUUUCCGAAAACAUAACCGGCUUCUUCGAGUCUCUUCACAGAGUACCGACCUUGCCCGAUCACUUGCCCUCCAUCUUCUUCCUCUUCUGCAUGCAACUCCUCCGCAGCAAGACCACACCAUCGACAUCACCACAAGACAAUCCUCUUAAAAAAGACGAACAGUCAACAACAGGUGAAGAAAGUGGGCUUCCUUUCUGUUUCAGAAGAGUCUGGAACGAAUGGGGCUUCAAAAUGAGCCCCAAAAGGCUCGUCCCUGCGUUCAAGUGCUCUCUCUCGCUGGGCCUCGCGGUGCUAUUCGGACUUAUAUACAGCAAGGAGGACGGGUAUUGGGCCGGGCUUCCGAUAGCCGUGAGCUAUUCCUCAGCCAGAGAGGCUACUUUCAAGCUGGCCAACGUCAAGGCACAGGGCACGGUACUAGGAACCGUUUAUGGAGUCUUGGGUUGCUUUCUUUUUCAGAGGUUUUUGCCCGUAAGACUUCUUUCUCUCGUCCCUUGGCUCGUCUUCUGUAGCUUUCUUAGGAAGAGCAAAAUGUACGGCCCAGCAGGCGGCGUCUCGGCUGUGAUCGGAGCCGUCUUGAUACUGGGUAGGAGAAACUUCGGCCCGCCGAGCGAAUUCGCUAUCGCAAGAAUCGUCGAGACCUUCAUUGGGUUAUCUUGUUUGAUAGCGGUGGAACUUCUGAUGCAGCCCACGAGAGCUGCUUCUCUGGCUAAGCGUCAGCUCACUGAUUGUUUCGGGGCAUUACGUGAGUGCAUUGUCGCGGUCACAACAUUGGGUGUACUCGACAACGCCAAGAUGUCCAGGCUUGAAGAGACCCAAAAGAGGGUCAAGAUGAGAGUGCUUGAGCUGGGUAAGUGCAUCGAAGAAGCCGAGGUAGAGCCAAACUUCUGGUUCCUGCCCUUUCACAGUGCUUGCUAUGGUAGGCUUUUGGGGUCUUUGUUUAAGAUGGUGGACCUCUUGCAUUUCUGUGGCCAUGCACGGAAGUUCCUCGAACAAGAAUCGUCAGCACUCGAGGCUGCGGCCGCUGCUUCAAAAGAGGCCCUGGACAAGCUUCGCAGCGACCUCGCACUGUUCAGAGAUCUCGCGACCUCUUCGCUGAAAUGCUUCGAGGAGAUCAACUCAAUCAAGUCACUCUCGCUUCUCGAGAAGCAGCUUCAAGAGGCCAGUGGUUCUUGUGAUCUCGAGUCGGGGAAAGCAACGAAACCUAACCGACCGAUGCCUUGUCUUGAUGAAGGCGACGUUGAGAAGAUGGUGGGCUCUUAUCUUCAGCAUUCCCGAGAGGUGCUCCAUGGAAUCAGCAGCGAUGGCGGCGAUGGCGUCGGAGCCGAGAACGCUAUCAAAAGCGAAAUGGUUCUCAGCUUGGGCGCUCUGAUACACUGCAUGAGUAGCUUGCUAAGAGAAGUGAGAGAAAUCGAGAAGGCCAUGAAAGAACUGGUGCAGUGGGAAAACCCGACCAGCCAAAUUGCGAACUCGCGCGACUUGUUGCGUGAGAUUCAGGCCUUGCGCAGCUGAGACACGAGAAGAAGAGAAACAUCAUCUCUUUCUGUGUAAAUGUUUGUUUUUGAAAAAUUAAAAAGAAAAGAAAACAAUUGUGGCUGCUGGGAUUCGAGCCCAGGUCUCCACGGCCACAACGUGGAAUUCUUACCACUAAACUACAGCCACAG